CCUGGUGCUGUGGUCUGGGGGAGGGAACGUCCUCUCCCCAGACUUGGUUUUCUCCUAUAGACAGUCACGCCCCAACUCUGCAGGCCCGUGGACUCCUGUUCUGAGGGGAGCUUGGGCCCAGGUGGGGAAUCCCGGAGGGCUGCUAUGUCACUCCCAGACAGCGGCUGACUUGCCUGCUGGACAGGGUGCGGAGCAGGGCCCAGCCUGAGUCCCGAGUUCUGAAGAGGGACCUGUCAAUGCUACACCUGCGCCUGGAGGUCUAGAGAAAUCAGAGCGGAGCCCAGCCAAAGUCCACCCGCCGUCAGAGUUUCACUUUUGAGCACAUCGCCAUGAGCCGGAGGGGAAUGUGCUGUUGUGACUGGAGUCUCACUUGUGAGUGACCCUCGGUGACUCAGCUCCCUCCAGGUUCACAACAUUCAAACCUUCCUUCACCCAACCCGGGACUCUUCCACUUUCCCUGGCGGCUUCGUAGCUGAGUCUCCAGCCUGCGGCCCUGGGUUCACCCAUCUUUAGACAGUUGCUGUGUGCAUGAAGAACACACCUGUGGUUGGGAGAGACAGCCUCCGUUUCACCCCAAAAGAGAGAGACAGGGACGAUGGUGGAUUGCCCAGGGUACAGUCUGUCUGGUGUGGCUGCCUCCUUCCUCUUCAUCUUGCUGACGAUGAAGCACCCAGAUGACUUCAGAGUCCUCGGUCCCGGGGACCCUAUCCUGGCCAAAAUCGGGGAAGACGCGCUGCUGACUUGUCAGCUCCUCCCCAGGAGGACCGCGGAGCACAUGGAGGUGAGGUGGUACCGCUCCGACGCCGACAGGCCUGUGACCGUGUACCGGGACGGAGCUGCAGUGACUGGCCUACGGGCGGAGGGGUUCGGAGGCCGGGCAGAGUGGACAGACAGCGCCGAGGAGGGGAGUGUGGCUCUGAAGAUCCGCCAGGUCCAGCCAGGGGAUGAUGGGCAGUACUGGUGCCGCUUCCAGGAGGGGGAGUACUGGAGAGAGGCCAGCGUGCGCCUCCACGUGGCAGCUCUAGGAUCUUCCCCAGGCAUCCAUGUGGAGGGACUGGGAGAAGGAGAGGUCCAGCUGGUGUGCACGUCCCAGGGCUGGUUCCCUGAGCCUGAGGUCUCCUGGGAGAGCAUCAGUGGAGAAAAGCUGAUGAGUUUCUCUGAGAAUCAUGUGCAAAAUAAAGAUGGGCUGUUCUAUGUGGAAGACACACUAGUGGUCAGGAAUGACUCGGAAGAGACCAUUUCCUGCUCCAUCUACAACCGUGUUCUCAAAGAGGCCAAGGAGGCCGCCAUCGCUCUGCCAGAGAAACUGCAGACAGAGCUGGCUUCCUCGAGGGUAAUCGGACCUUCCCAGCCCACUGUUGUCAGAGUCGGAGACAGCAUAGAAUUAGCUUGUCACCUGUCCCCUCAAACUGAUGCCCGGGGCAUGGAGGUGAGGUGGCUCCGCUCCCACUAUUACCCUGCAGUCCAUGUGUAUGAAGAUGGGGCCCGCGUGGCCGGAGAGCAGAUGGCGGAGUACAGAGGGCGGACUUCCGUGGUGACCGAGGCCGCCCACGAGGGAAAACUGACCCUGCGGAUCCAUGACGCCCGAACUUCUGAUGACGGGCAGUACCGGUGCCUCUUUGGAAAAGAUGGCGUCUACCAGGGGGCCCGCGUGCCUGUGCAGGUGAUGGCGGUGGGCUCCACCCCACGGAACACGCAGGAGGCCCUGAAGGAUGGAGGCGUGCAGCUGAGGUGCACAUCCGAAGGGUGGUUCCCAAGGCCCCACGUGCAGUGGCGGGACAGAGAGGGAAGGACCGUGCCCUCGCUCUCCGAGGUCUUCCGUCAAGGCAGCCAGGAGCUGUUCCAGGUGGACACUCUCCUGCUGGUCACCAACAGCUCCGUGGUGAAUGUGACCUGCUCAGUCAGCCUCCCUCUGGGCGAGGAGAAAGUGGCACGGUUUCCUCUCUCAGACUCCAAGAUAGCUUUGUUAUGGAUGAGCCUGCCUGUCUUGCUGCUGCCUCUUGCCAUGGCCGCUGACCUGAUCAAGGUGAAACACAGUAGGAAAGACCAAAACCAUGGCGGCAAGCUGGAAAAUCACAAGGAUGAUGAAAGCCACACCAGAGGGCUUCCCCCUGACAAGAGGCUCCACGCAAGCCCAGUGCACCCCGCUUCCUGAACACCCCAUUGUCGCUCACAGUGAGGGACGCCUCAACCUGGGUCGGCACAUCCUCUCUCCCUGUGCCCACCACCCCACACCCACCACCCCUCACCCACCACCCCUCACCCCUCACCCACCACCCCUCACCCCUCACCUCUCACCCCUCACACACCACCCCUCACCCCUCACCUCUCACCCCUCACCCACCACCCCUCACCCCUCACCUCUUACCCCCACCCCUCACCUCUCACCUCUCACCCCUCACCCACCACCCCUCACCCCUCACCCCUCACCUCUUACCCCCCACCCACCACCCCUCAGCCUUGUGCAGCAGCUUUAUCUUGUCAUCCCUGGACCUACCAUGAGGACGUAAGAAGGAGGAGCCAGACAUGGAGAGGAAUGUCACUCAUCUGAGACCUGGGUGGGCUUUUCUAGAAAUGCCGGAGCCAGUAGCACCAGAGGGACAAAGUGCUCCAGCUGCAGCGGGAGGACAGGGUUUCCUUCCUGUUUCCACAUGAGAAAGGACUCACUGAGAUGCAGGAACACCUGACAUUUGCACUAGGAAUCAGGCCUCGGGCUGGAGACAUGGCUCAGAGCACUUGCUCUUCUUGCAGAGGACCUGAGUUCUGGGCCCAGCACCCAUAUGGCACCUCACAACUACCUAUAACAUCAGUUCUAGAAGGUCUGAUGCCUUUUUCUAGCCUCUGAGGACACCACCAAGCACAUGCCUGGUGCACAGCCAUACAUGCAGGCAAAACAUCCAUAUAAAUGAGAAAUAAUAAUUUAAAAAAUAAAGGAAUUAGACCAAAA